AUGUUGCAGGGUAGCUUCAAAGGUGAAGCAUUCUGGUCUCCCAGGUUCUCAGCUUCGGCCAAUCUAGUCUUUGACGUACACAACUACUAUUUCGCUGGGCGUCCCACAGACUCUGAUACUGUGAGCGCAGAUAUCUGCUCAGACGCAAAGGCCUCGGCAGGGGAUGGCAAGUUUCCUGUAUUUGUUGGGGAAUGGCCCAUCGAGACUGUGGCAGAUAACAAGUUUGCCAACCGCAGGAAGAACCUGAACACAGAGCUGUAUGCUUUUGCAAAGUACACAAGAGGAAGUGCUUAUUGGACUGCAAAGUUUUUUGGUAGCGUGCCUGUAGUGGGAGAGGGUGCCCAAGGCGAUUACUGGAACUACCCAGCUUUCAUUGACAUGGGUAUUGUCAAGCCAAGUGAAGGAGUACAGUACUGCAACUGA